CAACUCAAAAAACGAGUAAAUAAGAAGGGUGCGCAAACAUUAAAAUUUCAAACGCAUGAAUAUGGAUUAGCAUUCUCAUGACUGUACUUGCCGAACAUCCAUAAUCAUGCUCAAAGCCUCUGAAAAUUCUAAUUUUGAGAAGAAGAAAAAAAAAAAAAAAACAGAAGAAGAAAAGCAAUUCUAAUUAAAGCUUAAACAAAAAGUUAACUGAUAUAUUUUUCAACAUUUAAUCAGAGUACGAACGAUCUCACAGUGUAUACAAAGUGUGUCUCCACUCUCCACCCGCUCUCAAUUCUCAAACCCCAAAAAAUGGCAACCCUAAAACCCGACCCGCUCCUUCAUCGUCUUCGAAGCGCCGAUGACCAUAGGCUGAAACGCUUCAGGCGCAGGCUCAGCGACGCCGUUUUGGCCCGCAUUGCCGCUUCCGAACCUUCCAAACCCAUCGACUCCUACCGCCUCAAGUCCAACAUCGAGCGCGGCCUCCGGCUGCUCAUCCCGGCAUUCCACAUUCCGAAUCACCCUCCUUAUGCCUCGAUGAUUCAGAGGGCAAUAAAGGCGUUGAAUGAGGAUGGUGGGGCGAGUGAAGGGGGCAUAUCGGAGUUUAUCAAAAGGGAAUACGAGGAUUUACCAGUGGCACAUGAAGGUUUUUUGAGGCAUCAUUUGAGGAAGCUUUGUGAGAGUGGAGUGGUUGUGAGUUUGAAAUGUGGGAGGUACAAUGUUGCGAAUCAGGAUGAUGAAGAUGAUGAUGGGAAUGUGGAGGACAGAGCGUGCCAUAGCAAAAGGCGGGAGGGGAAAGGAAGAGUACAGGGUAGACGGCAACGAAUUGAGGAUGGAGGUAGGGAGGAAGAGGCGCAGAAAAAAGUGUUUGGAGAAAGCAUUGCAGAGAUGCAGCUAAAAGAUAAAGGUGACGCGGGGGAAAAGCAAGACUAUUUUGGAGUGACUGAAGACCAAUGUGAACCAGAAACAAAGCAAAUGCAAAUGGUCAGCAAGGAGUUGGAUGAAGGGGGUUUGAGUGAAGAAGGAAUAGUGGCAUUUGUCGAACCGAAAUAUAACCAUGGAGAAGUGGUUAAAAAUGAAACGGUAAAAGAACAUAUUGAAGCUGAAGUGAUCAAAGAAAAUCAUCAUAGAAAAGAAGAGCAAAGUGGGAAGAUAUAUACGCAAAGCGAACCACAAGCUCAAAAUGUUAAAGUCGGAACUAAGAUAUUGGGCAUAAGUUUGGAAGGUGAGAGGUACGAUGUAGUGGUUAAGGAUGGUGGUGAUGGGGGCGUGGAGGACAGAGAGUGCAGGAGCGAAAGGGGGCCGGGAAGGGUACAGGGUAGACAGGGCAGAAAUGAGGAUGGAGGUAGGGAGGAAGGGGAGCAAAAUGAAGGUUUUGGAAAAAGCAUUGUGGUGGGAAGACGUAAUGAAGAAAAGCAAGAGCAUUUUGGAGUGACUGAAAACCAAUGUGAAUCGGAAAUGAAGCUAAUGCAAAUGAUUGAGGAACAAUUUGAUUUUGAGAAGGCAGGCAUAGAGUUGGAUGGAGAAGAAGUGCAAAGUGGGGAGACCUAUGAGCAAAACGAACCAGAAGCUCAAGAAGUUGAAGACAUUGAAAAUCACUGUCAUCCGCAACCAGUAAAAAUCAGAGAGAUUGGAGAUGUAGUCCAAGGGCAAAAUUUUGAGGUUGGAAGUAAGAUAUUGGAAUGCCAUGGUGAUGAAAACCCGAAGACUCAAUCAAAGGGACCCUUGGCUCCUGAUGGUCAGCAACAGAAACCACCACUGCAAGGACAGGUAAAGGGACGUAGAGGAAAGCCUCGUAAACCAAGAAAAGAUUCGGAAAGUUCUUGGCAAUGGGUACCCCUUGUUCUUGAAAGUCGUCAUGAGGAGCAGCCACCAAAGCGUCGAGGCAGGCCUCCUAAGCUAAAAACAAUGUGGAUGUAAGCACUAGGGCAUCGGUACCUGAACAUGAUCAAAAUGAGCAGCCACCAAGGGGCCGAGGAAGAGGGAGGCCUCGUAAGCCAAGCAAGGCGGAGGGGUGCCUUCUCUGCCUCUCAACCCCAUCAUCCACAGCAGCAACCGCAGCGCAGAGGCAGAGGAAGGCCUCGUAAACCAAAAUUAGUCGCAGAAAAUGUUGAGAUCCCAGAGAAACUUGAGAUCGAGCAGUUGCAGUGAGGACCAAAAACAGAAAAUUUGCUCCAAAUGCGUCCUGGAAGUGGUAGUUACGUAUUACUCUUGUUUUCUUUGCCACGAAUCACGAUGAUCUCACUAGUAAACAGUAAUAGAUAUGAAACAAUCACCACUAAUUUAGCUUUUGAUGUUAAUUUAUAACAGUAGAAAAGACUUUGCA